AGGGCGCGCACUAAAAGGAAACCGAGACAACUAGGCAACUUGUAACGUUAUUAUACCUGAAUCGUGUGUUAGACAUCAUAAUCUGCGCUCACUUUUAUUUCUCCCAUUGGACCUGCAGCUCGUCUCCUAAAGGGGCGUGGCAGUAACUGGACCACCUGACAGGUUCAGGGACUGAGAGGUCAGUGAGCCGUCUCUCUUGGUACCUGUCUCUGUUUACACUCCUUUAUUGAGAAGAUGAAGAAGUUCCUCUCGUUGCUUCUCCUCUGUCAUGUGGCAUCUCCAGUUAAACACUCCUUGAAGUUUUUUGCAACUGGAUCUUCUGGAUCCCCAAAAGUCCCAGAGUUUGUGGGUUUUGCAUUGGUUGAUGAACUUCUGAUCGGUUACUGUAACACAGAUAAGAAGAUUGCAGAACCAAAACAGGACUGGAUGAGAAAAUUAUUAGAAAAUGAACCUCAGCAGUGGGAGUGGUACACUCGAGAAUGUACUGACAAUGUGCCUUUCCUUUUCAAAGCCUCGAUUGACCAUUUGAAGCAGCGCUUCAACCAAAGUGAAGGUGUCCAUAUUUUCCAGAGGAUGUAUGGCUGUGAGUGGGAUGAUGAGACUGGAAAUGUUCAUGGCUAUGAUCAGUAUGGUUAUAACGGAGAAGACUUUAUAUCAUUGGACCUGAAGACACUGACAUGGAUCGCUCCACAACCACAGGCUGUCAUCACCAAACAGAGAUGGGACGCAGAGGAAGUUAGAUUGAAAUUCAGCAAGUAUUACCUCACUCAGAUUCUCCCUCAAUGGCUGAAGAUGUAUGUGGACUAUGGCAAGAGCUCUCUGCUGAGAAAAGACCUUCCCUCAGUGUCUCUCCUCCAGAAGACUCCCUCCUCUCCAAUCAGCUGCCACGCUACAGGUUUCUACCCUGAGGCAGCCAUGAUCUUCUGGAGGAAAGAUGGAGAGGAGCUUCAUGAGGACGUGGAGCUCGGAGAGAUCCUCCCCAACCACGAUGGAUCCUUCCAGAUGAGUGUUGACCUGGACCUCUCAUCAGUCAAACCUGAAGACUGGACCAGGUACGAGUGUGUGUUUCAUCUCUCUGGUGUGAAGGACGACAUCGUCACCAGACUGGACAAAGCAGUGAUCAGGACCAACAGAGUUUCUCCCUCAGAGUUUCCUGCUGCUGCUGUUAUUGGAGUUUGUGUGGGAUUGAUGCUGCUUCUUGCACUCUGCAUCACUGGACUCUUCUUCUGGAGGAAACACAAGAAUGGAUUCAAGCCUGCAAACUCUUCUGAACAUUCAUCCUCUCCAACUCCUGUGGACAAUGAUACAGCUCUGACUGAUCACAUGAUUCAGUGAAGAUUAGAAGAAGACACGUAACUCCAGUGAAGUGGUUGUGGCAUCAAUAUUUUAUUAGGUUAUGUUAUCUGACAUAAAUAUGUAUUAACAAAACUUCUUUCCUGAAAUCUAACUUAAGUGUUCAUAGAUCAGAUUAGACUGUUUCAGAUUGUCAGUGGAGGCAGUGAAGAAUAAUGAAGUGAGAAGUGAUAGAAGCAUUUUAUCUGCAGCUGUUUCUGCAGACCUUUGGUGUAAAGAUCACUGCAGCAGCUGUCACACAACUAGUGGUGGAAACAGUAUUCAGAUCCCUUACUUCAGUAAAAGUAUUAAUCCUACAAUGUGAAAU